CCGCCUGCGGCUCAGCGCCGAUCGUGUCGCGUCGCCGGGCUCCGAGUAUCCCCGCCUCUGCCCAGGCUCCGGCAAAACUUUUAUUCUCUGGGGUCCCCUGGGGUGUGUGAAGGAAUCGGAGCGCUCGGCCGUUUCCGCGCUCUCCGCUGCGGUGACCGAAGGGACGUGCAUCCCUUGCCCGCCGGGCUCUCGUGUCCUGCGCCUCCUCCCCUGCUGAUCGUUCCCCGGAGCCGCGAGGGGGCAUCCCCGGAGGGGCCGCGCGGGCGUCUGCGCCCCGGAACUCUCCCGCUCCCCGCGGCGGACCCGCCCGGCGCAACUUUAACUUGAUUCCUCUCGCCCAACCUGGACACCCGCGAUCGCUGCUGCGGCGGCUGGUUCUGCCGCUGCCGCGGAAUCACAAAGGGGCGCGGGUAGGGGAGGCGGCGCAGGCGGCAGGCACGGGCCUCCGGGCCGCGGAGGCGAGGAGACAAAAGGGAAACUGCCUCAGCUCGCAGUGCCCGCUCGGAUCAGCCUGCUGUUUGCUCCUGCCCGGCUCCGCGCGCCUCCUUCCCCCACCCUCGGCUGCUGCUCCGCCUCCCUCCCCUCGGGCUGUCCCCGCAGUGCUCUGGGACCCGGCGAGCCUUCGGGGCGCGCGUCGCUGCUGGUGGUUGGGGCUCUAGCGAUAAUAAAUGAUAGAGGAUACAAUGACUUUGCUGUCUCUGCUGGGUCGCAUCAUGCGCUACUUCUUGCUGAGACCCGAGACGCUUUUUCUGCUGUGCAUCAGCUUGGCGCUGUGGAGUUACUUCUUCCACACGGACGAGGUGAAGACCAUCGUGAAGUCCAGCCGGGAUGCCGUGAAGAUGGUGAAGGGCAAGGUGGCCGAGAUCAUGCAGAACGAUCGACUCGGGGGGCUCGACGUGCUGGAGGCCGAGUUUUCCAAGACCUGGGAGUUCAAGAGCCACAACGUGGCGGUGUACUCCAUCCAGGGCCGGAGAGACCACAUGGAGGACCGCUUCGAAGUUCUUACGGAUCUGGCCAACAAGACGCACCCGUCCAUCUUCGGGAUCUUCGACGGGCACGGGGGCGAGACUGCAGCUGAAUAUGUAAAAUCCCGACUCCCAGAGGCUCUUAAACAGCAUCUUCAGGACUACGAGAAGGACAAAGAAAAUAGUGUACUGUCCUACCAGACCAUCCUCGAACAGCAAAUUCUGUCGAUCGACCGAGAAAUGCUAGAAAAGUUGACUGUGUCCUAUGAUGAAGCAGGUACAACGUGUUUGAUUGCUCUGCUCUCGGACAAAGACCUCACUGUGGCCAACGUGGGUGACUCACGCGGGGUUCUGUGUGACAAAGAUGGAAACGCCAUUCCUUUGUCUCAUGAUCACAAGCCUUACCAACUGAAGGAAAGAAAGAGGAUAAAGAGAGCUGGUGGUUUCAUCAGUUUCAAUGGUUCCUGGAGGGUCCAGGGGAUCCUGGCCAUGUCUCGAUCUCUGGGAGAUUAUCCUCUGAAAAAUCUCAACGUAGUCAUCCCAGACCCAGAUAUCCUGACCUUUGACCUCGACAAGCUCCAGCCUGAGUUCAUGAUCUUGGCAUCAGAUGGCCUCUGGGAUGCUUUCAGUAAUGAAGAAGCAGUUCGAUUCAUCAAGGAGCGUUUGGAUGAACCUCACUUUGGGGCCAAGAGCAUAGUUCUGCAGUCAUUUUACAGAGGCUGCCCUGACAAUAUAACAGUCAUGGUGGUGAAGUUCAGGAAUAGCAGCAAAACAGAAGAGCAGUGAACCCUUCAGGGGUCUCAGCUGCCUCAGACUAAAGGACUUUCAACACACUGGUCUCUUUUACUGUAGCGAAAGGCGUGGGAGUUGUAAUUAGGAUCAUCCAUCCCAGACACACAAUCCUCCCCUCCCUGGUGGUCUUGGGUCUCCUUUCAGGAUGAACAGAGGGUGCUCUUGGCCAAUAUAGUUGAGAGGCUGGAAAAUGGUUUCUUCAUGUUUGCCCAACUCUUUCAUCCAGUGUCCAAAAUAUAUAAAUAGAUAGCUGUAGAUUCACAUGUAUGAAGGGAAUGGUGUGUGUGCCAUGUAUUCUCCCUUUUAAUAUCCUUUUCAAGAUCCUCUUCAGGCCCUCUGAGCCUCAGCCUUUGUGUCUUCUUUGGAACAGCAGGUAGGGCCAGCCUCCUGCUGCAAGAGGAAGGCCACUAUGUCCCUCGUGAGUCAGGGGCUGACAUGGCAACACCCUCUUCUGAGCUUGCUCUGUCCUGAGCUCAGGUUUUCCACUGGGCAGCAGCCAGAGCAGAUGUGGAAUGGUCUAUUAUGCAGGGGCUGCCUGUGGAGACUGAGGGGAGUGAGGAGGAUGGGCGUUCAGUGGCGGCCACCUGCACAGCAGAAAUAACCCCAUUCCCGCGCUCCCUUUAUUAGUUCAGUAGACCUGGUGUAUACCACCUGUCCCGCCUUUAUCCCAAUCAUGCAUGACCUGAACCUUUUGCCUACACCUUGCUGUGUAUACUAGGCAGCUGUUAAUUUCACCACCAGACACUGUAAUUUUUCACCCUACAUUACCAAAAAUCCAUAUCAAGAAAUGAAACAAGCAAAUCACAGUGCAGUAAUUUCUUCAAGGAUCGACAGAGCAGAACCGUGUAAAUGAGAGACCGCGCCCCUUGGGUUAGGAGACUAUUUGCACUGGGAGAGAAGGAAGUGAGCUGGGAGGUUACCAGCCCGAAUUGCGCUCCAGCUGCCAAUUUGUGUGUGUUCACCCCUCCCUUAUCUUAGUAGCUAUCAAGAGUCUUUCAAGCAGUGUUCCUGGAAGCAGCAGCUCACAGCUGCAUGUGUGUUCCUUGAAGCCAGGUACAGAGUACUCUGCCCCUGCAGUGUGGAAUCGGGUGGUAUACUACUGGGAUUAGCUUCCCCUGGACAAUGGCAAAGCAGCAGCCUUUAACAUUUGGUUGGAAACCUCUGUCUACACCAGUAACUUUCCCUGAGCAAACGCAGUCCCCCCGAGCCUGCAGGGCACAGCAAUGGGGCACCUCAGAGACCUAUUGAUAUGUGCAAUGAAAGCUGAGUGCGAAAUCAAGUGUGAACCGAUAUUGAUAAGGUCCAGCGUCAUUUUGGGGUGGGGCUUACUGCUCUCCGUUUUCUAUUACCAAAGUCAUGUUCUUCCAACCUCAGUAUUUUAUAGGUUAAUUUAGAGAAAAUGCUAGUUCGCUCUCCUUGCCUGAGAGAGGCAGCUCAAAUAGCCAAACAAGGCUUUCCUUGCAGUCCCCACCCAUCUCAUGUCCACCUGGUUUUGUGCUUUGUGAGUGGGCAUUUAUUGUGACCUCUCUCAUCUCUCGCAGGCCCGUUCUCUGGUCACCUCCCACUCAUGUGGCCUGCCCUCUGCCCACGUUCACCUGUAGCUUUUCCACAGCAGGUUUCAGGAGUGAACUCUGGAGAAGGGAAACACGGCUGUGUAGCUGCCGAGGACUGCAAUCUGCCUUGACUCCUCUGAGCACUUACCUUUCCUUGACUGCGGUGAAAACAAAUAAUGGUUUCCCAGGAGAAUUGCUUACUUUUGUAUAUUGCGUUUUCCAGUUUUAGAAUUAGAAUCCUGGUUAUUGGUUUUUGGCCACAGACUGUUCUAGUACAAUAUGUCUGCCCCCAUUUUAGACUUCAGCAUUUGCCUAUAGAGAGACAUUGAGCAUUUGAAUGUGUGUGUUUGGGGUGAGGGUGGGGGGGAGAAUGCGGCAAACAAAUCCUGGUUGUGAUCAGAGAUGGGACAGACAGGCUGGGUGGCUGAGUUCGCUCGGAGACUGAAGACGUUUUGACUCUGGGGCGUUGCCCCAGCCUGCCAUCCAGCCAAGUUCAGGAAUAUGCAUGUCAGCAUUUUGUAAUCCACAAUGAACUUUCCUAUUAUUUUUAACUGAAAACAAAAAUGUAUAAUAACAAGGGGGAAAUUUUAAAUUCCACAAUUAUAUUUAUUGUCUAAAAUGAAAUAGUAGUGUUUUGGUGAAGUUGAAAAGAAAAUCUACUAAAUUAUCAAAUUGGUGUUUAUUUACCCUGCAAAGAUUUUUAAGAGAUGGUACUGAAUGUACAAGGUCAUGACCUUCUCUCCAAUUGAGGUUUAUAAGGCAUCUCCACAUUUUGCUUGGUAGAAUUAUUUCACUCCUGACUUUAACCAAAUGUAACAUAUAUUUCCUACUUGCUUUCUCUCCCUUACCCCUACUAUAACUUGUAGAUUUUUAAAAGAUAGAAGUACUAGGCAGAAUCGUAGCAGUUUAGUUAAGAGUUGUGUCUAAAGUCAGUACUUUAUCUCCCUCUUCCUGUCUUCGAGCUCUGUCUCUCUGACCCUUUUCCAGCUGUUGGGGGUUCUCAGACAGUACUUGCGGAGUGCCCUGUGGGACGUUCUGUAGGGACCCAGGAAGGUCAAAUCAAGCCUUUGGAGAAAUUGACCUGAGAAAUUUGCACGUGAAGCUUCCCUUCACAGCACUGCCAAAGCUUUGGAAUUGUCACCUAAGACUGCCAGGACUGCCUAGCUAGCCCGAGUUCGAAUUGCCAAUAAUCCCCAUGGUGCCAAAUUUUGGGAUGUUUUACAGUCAUUUAGAAAUGCAAGUGGGAAUGACCACAUGCUUAAGAUCCCUCAGCAGGCUGCCAUGUCCAGGUCCUCAUGAAU